AUGGAUAAGGUAAAGAUUGGCGAUGUAUCGGCUGCUGCCUUCAAGGAAUUUCUCCAGUUUUUCUACUUUGGCCAAGUCAAGCUGACAAUGGGAAACGUCGCUGCAGUAAUGAAUCUCGGUGAAAAGUACAAUGUGGCCGAGUGUUUGGCGGUGUGCAGCAAGUUCCUCAAGAACAAUCUCUGCGAGGACAACGUAUGUCGACACUAUGGAUUGGCAAUUCUCUUCAAUCAACACGAAUUGAAAAAAGCUUGUGAAACGGUCAUCGGCCUCAACACAACUGCUGUGUUUCAUUCAAAUGGCUUUCUGACAUGCGAUCGAAAAUUGCUGGCUGAGAUUUUGAAGCUGGAUUGGAUGUCGUGCACAGAGAUCGAGCUUUUUGAGGCAUGCAUGUCGUGGGUAAAAGCAACUGGCAAACAAGACAAUUUAACCAAGGAACUCGUACAAACUCAACUCGGCCAACUCUUCUACGAAAUUCGCUUUGGUUCGAUGGCACUGGAUGAGUUUACCGCUUUGGUUCCAACAAAUGGGCAAUUAUUCACGAAUACUGAAUAUACUGACAUCAUUCAAUCAAUUACAAACAAGGAAUUUAAUGCGGCGAUGUUCAACGGAAAUCGCGAGAAACGCUGCGAUUUGGAUCCAUGGAACGAGAAAAAUGAAAUUAAAUGCAUUCGAUUUUCCUCGUUACGUUAUUCCACCAAACCAUACUUUUUGAAAAAUCUAGAAACAACCAAGUUCACCACCAACGAACCACUUUUGCUAAAAUCCAUCGGUCUUGAUGUCAUCAAAAGAUAUUCCAGCGGCAAAUAUAUUAAUUGUGAAGAUGUGCCAACCGCAAUAACUAUCGUCGAAGUGUCCGGUUCCGAUGAUUUCAAAAAAGAAGUGGAGAAAUACAAUGGAAAAGCAAACAUGAAGAGUUCAGAUUUUAUAAGUGUCAAGAUGCCCAAACCAAUUCUUGUCAAACCAGGAUUCAUGUACGAAUUUCGAUUGAAGCAAAAUCCUCCAAAAUAUUGUGCCAUUGGCGGUCUACUGAAAUCGGAAGUUCAAGUGGAUAAUGGAAUCACCAUUCAAUUCCAUGAUGACCCAUUGAUUCCGGAUGAUAUCACAUCAACCGGCCUUAUAUACAAACUUCGUUUCUACCGAAUCGGAAAUUAA